AUGGCUACAACAGCACAGUUCAAAUCAGUCGCCAGCAAUGACGUAAAAGUCACUCUGCAAAACGAAGAAGACUACAGGAAAGUCAAAAAAUUCAUUGAGAAUCAAAGUUCCGAAGAAAGUGAAUUCAAAGUAGUAAAAUUGUGAACUUCAAAUCUUCUGGUAUCAAAAUUUGAUCUUCAAUUUCAAUUAGCCAACGAUCAGGGCAUUCGACUACAAACGACCAUCAAUCCGGAAAUCAGACUGGAUGCGUGCAACGGUAUGGAACUUGAACAGCAAUUAGCCAACGAUCAGGGCAUUCGACUACAAACGACCAUCAAUCCGGAAAUCAGACUGGAUGCGUGCAACGAUAUGGAACUUGAACAGCAAUUAGCCAACGAUCAGGGCAUUCGACUACAAACGACCAUCAAUCCGGAAAUCGGACUGGAUGCAAUCUAUGAAUCACAAAUUAGAGCUGGUGUACCUAUACGGUACAAAAUGCGCAAAGAUAUGGACACCGAAGAACAGUCGGUCAACGAUCCGGGCAUUAGACUGCAAACACACAACGAGCCAAAAAGCAACAAUUGUCCAAUUCUGUAUCGACCAAUUGCUCACUACAUUAUGCCAGUGGGAUCGUUUCGGUGCAUCCAAUACAAUUCAAGAGACAGGCUGUGCAAUGUCGUUACCAUCUGCGAUGAAUCCGUUGACGUUGAAGCCAAAGACAUUUUCCAAGUCGUGUUCAUUCCUUGGUACGAUACAAACGGUGUUUUUACCACAAUCAGUACCCACCAUUUCAGUCAGAUUGUAAUCUUGAAGAUAAUGGACGACAUCAAUGAACUCUCGUCAACCGAUUUAAUCGCAAUCGCUCAGAAGUUUUACACGGGCACGUUGAAGGGAAAUGGGAAACUAACGAUAAUUUCCUCGGAAACGAAACCAUUAAGUGAAGUGCCAUGCGGAUUUUUGUCGGAACACGUCAUUUUAACGGUGAAUUUCAAAGCGGAUGGAGAGCAGCAUAGGGUUGAGUUUUUUGUGAAAAAUUUGGUCGAAUCUUUAACGGAAUAUGUUGCGGAAUUCGGAGUUUUCGAUAAAGAAUUUGGAGUCUUCGAAGAAAUCAUACCGAAGCUUGCACCGCUUUCUUCCAUUAAAUGGGCGCCUAUGUGUUACCUCUCCAAAGAUAAUGUCAUGGUGUUCGAGAAUCUACAGGAUACAGGGUUUGAAAUGGUUACAAACAACUAUGGGUUGUUCGACAUUCAUCAUCAUCUGGUUGCAGUAGGGUUACUAGCAGCGAUGCAUGCUUCGUCACUAAUCUACGAGAAACAAUGCUGUGCUAUAAAGGACGAAAAAUGGUUCCAUUUCCUCAACGAAAAUGUUUAUCCCACCGAUCCGAACGCCAUGAAAAACAGAACACAUAAAUAUGUUGUAGACACCCUGGCCGAAUUACUAAAGAAAAUUCCGAAAUACCUAGACAGACAAAACGAAAUCCUGCCAAAGUUUCGGAAGCUUAUGCACCGAAUGAAAGACUUGGUUCAACCAUCGACCGAAUACAGAAACGUUUUUUCCCAUGGCGACUUGUGGUGUAACAAUAUCCUGUUCAAGUAUGCCAAAUUCAGCAACGGAACCAAUAUCAACGAUCGCAUUCCCGUCGCAGCAAUUCUUGUCGAUUUUCAAUUAGCUCGUUAUUCACCACCAGCGUUAGACUUAUUGGUCAUGCUUACCAUAACGUCAACUAGUGCAUUUCGUCGGCAAUAUUUACCAAGACUAUGCGACGCGUAUUACGACCAUUUAUCAUUCGAAUUGAAAAAUCAUUCCAUCGAAAUCGGAACCGAAUUUCCACGACUGCAGUUCGAGGAAAGUUGCCGAUUUUACCGAUUGGUCGGACUGAUGGAGAGUUGUUUGUUUAGUCAUUUAACAUUGCUGCCCGGUGAUCUGGUAUUGAGUUCGACCAACGAUCCGGAGAAACGAAACGAGUUUAUGACGAAAUCGAAGACGGACGUUUGUGUGAAAGCCUUUGACACGGAUGAAAACUAUCGGAAUCGAAUGAGUGAUAUGCUGAUCGCGUUGGUGGAUGAGUAUGUGGUACCUGAAUUGUGUGAAGGGUUUUAAGGAUCUUGUUGGAGUGGCAGGAAGUUUUAGUAAAUAAAUAGAUAAAUCUGAAACGACAAGUGACAAGACAAGACAUCUUUGGGACAAUACCCGAGUUCCAUUCCCAUAGCCACCAGGCCCGGACUUGUCACAUUGUAAAAUUUAGAAUUUUCUUUUUUGCUCCA